AUGCCCGGUGCGGCGUCCAUCGGUGUGACAUCAGCUGCGCCGGCGUCCUCUGCCAGAUCAGCUUCAUCGUCUUGCUGCACCAAGGAUCUGAUCCGCGAGCUGGGGGUGGUGGAGGCGCCCACCUUCCUGUUCUACAAGAGAGGGGAGCUGCUGGGGCGCUAUGUGGGGUCGGGCAGGGGGGACUUGGUGGGGGAGAUUCUGAAGCACCAAGGGGUGCCCGUGAGCUCAUGA